AUGAUUUCUUUCUCUCUGACACGCGCUCUCCGAGGCCAGAGGCGGCGGGAACGGUCACCUUUCUCUUCAACCUACACUCGAACCACACAAUCCCCCGAGGCUUCACGCCGCCCGACUCGAAGAAGUUGGGGGCGACCUUCCCUACACGACCGUGUUCCCUUUUCUCAGGAAGACCAUGAUCAAGACAUCGACGACGAAGGAGACGGGUCUGAAGAUGACGAAGACGAGGAGCAAGAGGAGGAAGAGGAGGUAACCACUCAAGAGGGGGAAGAUGUUGGCAACGACGACGAAGACGACGAAGACGGGCCUGACGAUACGACGCCCCUCCUUCCCAUAUUUUCUGCCGCUCGUCUCGAUGCCAUUCCCGUCUUUGCCCUCACGCACGCCAUCCGUUUGUUGGUGAGCUCCCGGUGCGAUACCGUCUUGACCUGGGAGCAACUUCGGGCUCCCCAAGUCUCGCAAUUCCUGGUCAAGCCUAUCGAACAGGAAAUCCGACGCAACCAUCUGAACGCUGCUACGCAUUGUGCUCUCAUGGCAAACUGCCUUCAGUAUAGCAAAGAGGCUGCUAUGUCCUCGGGUAAUAGUGGGACAAACAAGACCCGUGCAAUGGUCUGUGAGCUGGUGGCCAUCAAGCUUCUCAAGGACUUUUCCACGAGAGAGCUUAUUGACGCAUUGUCCUAUGACUUUGAUCCUCUUCAAGGGCAGUUGGACGCGAUGCCUCAGACGGAACACGAACGAAGGAACACAGCAAGCUCGAAAAAGCCAGCUCAAAGGCCGGCAAGGAUCUCGUGCUUUGAGAUUGCCAUCCGUGCCCAGGCUAAAAUGUUUCUCUCCCAUCCCAUGGUAGUGAAGCAGCUUGAGGCAAUAUGGGCUGGCACAAUCGUGUUUCACUCGGCGGCCGACAGCCUGCAUAGACCGGUCCCUACAAUAAGUCGAUCGAGAGGUUACGGCACAAAUGAUGGUGGCUUAUCAGCAAAGUCCGCUCCUAUCCACCCUAGUUCUUGCACACCAAGACGAGCCGUCACGCUGUACGAUCCUCGGGAUGCUUCUCUUUUCAAGUUGUCCCGGUUGCGGGUUCCUCGAUACCGCAACAUCCUAUCCACCUUAUCCUUCGCUGUUCUCCUGAGCUUGUUUGUCGCCGUGCUCGUUCAGCGCUCUCUCGAGAUCACAACGCUCGAAGUUGUAUUCUGGUUCUGGGCGGCCGGCUAUAUGCUCGAUGAGAUCGUUGGAUUCAAUGAACAAGGAUUCAGUCUCUACAUUGCCAGCUUCUGGAACACUUUCGACCUGGGAAUUCUCCUCAUUCUCGUCAUCCACCUGGCACUGCGACUCUACGGGAUUCUCAUGCCGGAUGUCAGGAAACACAUGGUAGCCAACAUGGCCUACGAUGUCCUUGCGGCCGACGCUAUCCUACUCUUUCCACGACUGUUUUCUGUGCUAGACCAUUACCGCUAUUUCUCACCGCUUCUGAUUGCCUUUCGAUACAUGGCAGUGGAUCUUAUCGCCGUCUCACUACUCAUUCUGAUCAGUUGUAGUGGGUUCUUCGUUGCACUCACCUUGUCAUUUGGCAACGAUGGUAUUGACACUCCUAGUUCGGUGGCUUAUGCUCUGCUGCAAAUGCUCAUGGGUUUCACGCCAGCCGCGUGGGAUCGAUGGGAUGGGUACAAUAUUCUGGGAAAGAUGAUUUUGACUUUGUUCCUGUUCAUCUGUCACUUCCUUGUAGUCACCAUCCUGAUCACUGUACUGACCAAUUCCUUCAUGGCUAUUGUCCGAAACGCGAGUGAAGAGCACCAGUUCUUGUUUGCGGUCAACACCAUUUCUCACGUCAAAUCGGAUGCGCUCUUCUCUUACGUCGCACCAACGAACAUACUACAGUGGCUUCUGGUCCCUCUCAGGUACUUCGUCCCCUUCCGUCAAUACGUCAAGAUCAAUCGGACCAUCAUCAAGCUUACGCAUUUACCCCUGCUGUUCUCGAUCUUACUGUACGAAAAGACCAUUAUGCAGUCUACCGUCUAUGACAGUAUCGAUCUUGUCGAGCGACGAGGGCGUGUGAGAAGAACGACAAAAUUCACGCGACUCAAUCGAGCACCUUCUAUUGCUACCUUUCGCCAGGAUAGGGCUCUAGAAGAAGUGUUCAGGCAGCCUUUUGACAGCACCAUUAGAAAUGCUCAUGAUAGUCGGGACCGGCGCAAGGCUAGUAAUGUGGUUAGCACGUGGAUGAAUAAGAUGGGCGACGACGUGGCAGACCCGCCGCAGGAGCAAGACCGGCAAGUUGUCGAUAGGCUCGAGGCUAAGGGAACGAUAUCUCGCAGACCGCGCCGCGUCAGCCGAGCUCGCGACUUUUCUCGCCAAACCAUGUCAGUCGCAUCUGACCCCGAGGACUUCACGACCAACCAAGGGUUCUUAUCUCCAGCCGAGACAAAUCCCUUACAGAUCACACCCUCAGCAUUGGAACAGCCGGCGGGCAACACCGAUGCAGAGGGAGAUGAUGAGAUGCCGACACAUGAUGAUGGUGAUGAAGAGGAAACCACAACACUGGAGCACCGGUCACCGAGUGAUACAGAACCGGAACAACACAACGCCAUCCCUCCCAUCCCAGAACAUCCGGACUAUUUUACAAGUAAGCAGGCUUCUGGAGACUCUGUUCCUGAAGCAGAUAACUUCCUUGCACCGGUUUCUCAAGUGAAGCUGGAAAAGCCCCGAUCAGGUACCGAUUCGCCUUUGCGACGCCUUCCCAAGGAGCAGGGUCGUCAUCAUUCCCGCAACGUGUCGGCUGCGACCAUGAUUUUUAAGCCCAUGACGGAUUCCAGCACGGAACAGACUUCGUCGGUUGAAGAGGGCAAAGUUGCACCACCUAGGGCGCAUAUUUCAGCACCUGGAUCAGGGGCUCGCACUCCUGUCUCGAAGCCUGGGUCUAGUGGUGCGGGCCAUAGAACGCCAAAGCGAGCAGCAGGCCCAACUCGGAUGCGACCAAUCCUUCCCACCAAAGACGAACAGGGUUUCCGGUCGACGCCCAAUUUGGCAGGGCUGGUGUCACUUAAACCCCCAUCCGCUCAAGUGCGGCGGAAACCGUCCCUCGAAAUGGAUCUGGUGUCGGAUAUUGGUGACAACAGAGCAAUCGGCGGAGGCUAUGUGGGAGCACUUCCAAGCUCAUUUGCGGUUCACAUGGUGAAAGGAACAAUCGAGUCACGCCAUGAAAAAGAAAAGAAGGAACAGCAAGAGAUGUUUACAAAAAUCAUGAUGGCGCGCAUGAAUGCCCUCGAAGAGAGCUUCAGAGAGGUAAUUCAUGAGAUGAGAGACCAUAUGAGACACGAUGUUAGGAGCAGGAGCCGUGGAGGGGGGCCACAGCCGAGUGGCCGAAAGGCAAGGACGCGGGAGGAGGAGGUUGAUCGAACACUCACGGCAAGUAAUUAUGCACAGGCUACUACACCCCGAGCGAGCUCACCCACCAAGGUGGCAGAACCCUCGCAAGCGCAGCAAUGCACUACAGAAGGGAGGAACGGGCAGAGUGAAGAACAAGAUACGAGGACGCAACCACCCUCCGCUUGA